AUGGCAGCCAUGCAUUGGAAAUGUGUGGCCUUAUAUUUUCUUACUUUGUUUGUUGUCAAUAAGGUCAAGGCAAGACUGGUCAGCAACCAUGUCAGCAGUAUCUGCAGCACAUGGGGAAGAGAGCACUUCAAGACAUUUGACGGAGACAUUUACCAAUUUUCUGGCACAUGCGAGUACAACCUUGCCUCAGACUGCCACAUGGCCAUGCAGGAGUUUGCGGUGCACAUGAGGAGGCAGCAGAAUGAUGGGAACCCGACUGUCAGCUAUGUGGUGGUCACCAUCAACGAUCUUGCUUUUCACAUCACCAAGGAAGGGGUCACAGUAAAUGGCCAACCGGUCUCAUUGCCAUACUAUAACAGCGGAGUUCAAGUGGAAAAUAAUGCCAUCUACAUCAAACUGCAGUCUAAAGUUGGCCUUGUUGUCAUGUGGAAUAGAGAUGAUGCAAUCAUGGUGGAAGUUGAUCGUGACUAUGCUAAUCGCACUUGUGGACUCUGUGGCGACUACAACGGCGUUCCUAUCGAAAAUGAGUUGUUACAUGAUGAGCGAAUGAUCAGCUACAUAGAGUUUGGUAACAAACAGAAGGUUCAUAACCCAAAUGAUGAAUGUGAGGACCCGUCUGAGGAGUAUGGAGAAGAGCUUGAUGUUUCAGCUGUGGAUUCAUGCGAAAAAUUUAGAAUGACUUGCAACCAGAUGCUGCGUUCAGACUCUUGGAGUCAUUGCACCCAACUUAUUAACCCUGCUCCCUAUGUGGAAGCUUGUAUGCAGGACAUGUGUGGCUGCAACAACAGCACAAAUGACACUUGUGUCUGUAGCACACUGUCCGAGUUCUCUCGACAGUGUUCCCAUGCUGGUGGAGUGCCUCCCAACUGGAGAAUGCCAUUGUUCUGUGCCAAGCAGUGCCCUUACAAUAUGGUGUAUGAAGAGAGCGGUUCUCCAUGCAUGGACACGUGCACACACAUGGAUACCAGUUCACUGUGCGAGGACCACCGAAUGGAUGGCUGUUUCUGUCCUCCUGGCACUGUGUUUGAUGACAUUUCCAUGAGAGGAUGCAUUAAUCAAUCAGAAUGUCAGUGUAAGCAUGGCAAAAUCUACAACUCUAGUGAGGGCUACCAACGGGACAGAGAGAUAUGUACAUGUUUUCAGGGCAGAUGGUCCUGUGAGUAUCUUCCGGGUCCAUCUACAUGUGCAGUGGAGGAGGGUUCUCACAUAACGACCUUCGAUGGCAAAUCUUACACUUUCCAUGGAGAUUGUUAUUACACACUAGCCAAGGUGGAAAGCAAGGAUGGCUUCAGUCCCAGCUUUACCAUUCAGGUGCAGUUAGCACCUUGUACAAACCAAAAGUUUGACACUUGUCUCAAGGCACUUAAAAUUCUGCUGAACAAUGACAGAAACAAUGUGUUGAUGUUUAUAUCUGAUGGAACAGUAAAACAGAAUCAGCAAACCAUCACUUUGCCGUACCAUACAGUGGACAUCAUCGUUUUCCAUGCCUCAUCUUUUCACAUCUUGCUACAUACCAGUUUUGGGCUGCAGAUUCAGAUUCAGCAUGUGCCUCUUAUGCAAGUGUAUGUGCGUUUGGACGAGAGCUACAAUGGAAAGACACGUGGUUUAUGUGGCAACUACAACCUGGUCAUGUCUGAUGACUGGAAAACUCCUCAGGGGAUUGUCGAGGGCACGGCAACCACAUUCAGUAACACCUGGAAAUCGAGCCUCAUGUGCAGAGACACAAGGGAAAGACUGGAUGACCCCUGUUCUCUCAGUGUGGAAAACGACUUGUAUGCCAAACAUUGGUGUGCCUUGCUGUUGCAACCAAAUAGCACGUUUGGACAGUGCCAUUCAUUAGUGGACCCUGAGGUGUACUACAAGAGGUGCACUUACGCCAGCUGUAAUUGUGACAAGAGUGAAGCCUGCCUUUGUGCUGUCUUCUCCUCCUAUGCUCGAGCUUGUGCAUCAAGGGGAGUCUUUCUGAUGGAUUGGAGAGCCCAUUUGUGUGACAAAUAUACAAGGACCUGCCCAGUAUCACAGAUCUUCUCAUACAAGCAUCAACGGUGCGAGCUGACCUGCAGAUCGCUGAGUUCAACAAUGCAGACUUGCUCCUCUGACUUCCUCCCGGUGGACGGCUGCUCCUGCCCCGAAGGUCAAUACCUCGAUGAACACGGUAUCUGCAUUCUCAAAGAAAAGUGUCCGUGUUAUCACAAUGAGGCCAUCAUCCAGCCAGGAAAGUCUAUCAAUAUCAAGGAUGAACACUGUGUUUGCAGUAACGGGGUGCUCCAUUGUCAUUCUUGGAGAGCCCGCUCAGCAAGAUGUCCCCCACACAAAGUGUACUUCAACUGCUCUGAGCCUGGCUCAGGACAACUUGGAGUCCAGUGUGCACCAACUUGUUUAAAUCUGGACAGCGAUGAUUGUGACUCCAAUGACUGUGAAUCAGGUUGUCAGUGUCCAGAUGGCCUUUUUGAUGAUGGCAAAGGCUUCUGUGUCGAAAAGUCACAAUGUCCAUGUAAACACGAUGGAAUAUUCUACGCUCCUGGGAAACAAAUUCCAAAUCAAUGCAACACAUGUACCUGCAGAAGUGGAAAAUGGCAGUGCACAGAGGAAAAAUGCCCAGGAACCUGCAUUAUUUAUGGAAGUGGUCAUUAUAAUACAUUUGAUCAGCGAACAUAUGGCUUUCAGGGACAUUGCAGCUAUGUUGCAGUCAAGAACAAAUGUGGCAAUAAAACAGCACAGGAUAGCAUUGGAGUUAUCACAGAGAAUGUACCAUGUGGCACAACAGGCACCACGUGCUCAAAAACUGUCCGAAUCCAAUUGGGGCGAAUGGAAAUCAAACUAUUCAAAGGGAAAUAUGAAGAAGUGGACCUGGGAGAAGGUAGUCAGAUCAAGUACACAAUCAGGACAGUUGGCAUGUAUCUGGUCGUAGAAUCGGUUGUUGGUAUGGCAGUGAUGUGGGAUCGCAAAACAACUGUCCGCAUCCUCUUGGAACCUCAGCACAGUGGAGAAGUGUGUGGCCUGUGUGGAGACUUCAAUGGCAAUGAACAAAAUGACUUCACCACUCAGGAUCAGCUUUUGGUGACCAAUGUGUUAGAAUUUGCAAACAGCUGGAAAACAAGCAGCAAUUGCCCAAAUGUAGAAACAAAUGUCAACCCAUGUUCGGUAACACCCAGUCGUCACCACUGGUCCAAAAUGAUGUGCAGCAUUAUAGUUGGAGAAACAUUCAAAGCGUGUCAUAAUACGGUGGAUCCACUUCCAUUUUAUGAAAACUGUGUAAAAGACUCCUGUGCCUGUGACACUGGUGGCGACUGUGAAUGUUUCUGCACAGCGGUUGCAGCCUAUGCUCAAGCUUGCAAUGAAGCCGGUGUAUGUGUUGCAUGGAGAACACCAGACAUCUGCCCCGUCUACUGUGAUUACUACAACAACCCAAAUGAAUGUCGUUGGCACUACAACCCAUGUCAUCAGCCUUGCUACAAGACCUGUUUGAAUCUAGAGGGAAUUUGUAGCAACCCUUUACCCAACCUGGAAGGUUGUUAUCCUGUUUGUCCAGAAGAUAAGCCAAUAUUUGAUGAGGAACAACAAAUAUGUGUUGAGGAAUGUGAAGGUUGCUUUUACAAUGGGACAAGAUAUGAUGAAUAUGAAGUUAUUUAUAAUGUUACUGACAACCUUGGAAUGUGCUACUAUGCAAUUUGUAUAAAUAGAACUGUAAUAUUUGGAAAUGAAACCUGCUCCCCGACAGCAGCUCCUCCUACAACAACACCUGUAAUAUUUACUACAACAGGACGUACUACGACAACUGAAGGACCAACAACUACAACUAAAUCUACAACCACACCUGUAGAACCAACCACUACAACGGAAGGUCCAACUACUACCACUAAAGCUACAACAACACCUGUCGGACCCACCACUACAAGAGAAGGUCCAACUAUUACAACUAGAACUCCAACCACACCACCAGUUCACACCACUACAACAGAAGGUCCAACUACUACGACUAAAUCUACAACAACAUCCGCAGGACCAAGCACAACGACAGAAGGUCCAACUACAACAACAAAAUCUACAACACCUGCAGGACCAAUCACAACCACGGAAGGUCCAACUACUACAACUAAAUCUACAACAACAUCCGCAGGACCAAGUACAACGACAGAAGGUCCAACUACUACCACUAAAGCUACAACAACACCAGCAGGACCGAGCACAACGACAGAAGGUCCAACUACUACGACUAAAUCUACAACAACAUCCGCAGGACCAAGCACAACGACAGAAGGUCCAACUACUACCACUAAAGCUACAACAAUACCUGUAGGACCCACCACUACAACAGAAGGUCCAACUACUACGACUAAAUCUACAACAACAACCGCAGGACCAAGCACAACAACAGAAGGUCCAACUACUACGAUUAAAUCUACAACAACAUCCGCAGGACCAAGCACAACGACAGAAGAACCAAGCAAUCUUACUACCACUCCAGGCUACACUACUCCUUGUCUCUGUGUAAUUAAUGGUCAGCACUACAGCCCAGGUGAAGUCAUUCUGGACAGAGAACACAUUGGAGCAGGAGUCUGUCUCACAAUCAUUUGUUCUGAUAUUUGCGAGAUUCAAAACAAGACUGGACCUUGUUGGACAACGCCCUUGCCUUCACCCACCCCUCCUGUUCCUUCGUGCCCUGAUUGGGACGUUGUCCAAAAUGAGACUUUCUGGUUGUGCAACUGCACAAUGGCAAGAUGCAUUGAGAACAACACAAUUGAAAUUAUUCCAUACGAAUGUCCACCCUUAAAGAACAUAACUUGCGCCAAUGGAAGGGAACCUGUUCUUGUUUAUGAUGAAAACUACUGCUGUCAGCAUUACGCUUGUGACUGUGAAUGUAAAGGCUGGGGAGAUCCCCAUUACAUCACAUUUGAUGGUCUCUACUACGACUAUCAAGGAAACUGUACAUAUGUCCUAAUGGAGGAGAUUACGCCAAAACACAACUUAAAGAUAUAUGUUGACAAUGUCUACUGUGAUGCCACUCAACAUGUUUCCUGUCCACGUUCAUUAAUUAUAUCCUACAAAUCGGACGUCAUUGUACUCAAAAGCCAAAACCUUGUUGGAGCAGCACAAUUGGAGGCCUUCAAAGAUGAAAAGCGUUUGAGACUCCCCUAUUUACAACAAGGCAUCAAAAUCUUCAAUUCUGACAUUGCCUUAGUUGUCGAAAUUGUGCCCAUCGAAGUGAUUAUUACGUUUGGAUUGAGUGACUUUACCAUCAACCUACCCUACAAGUAUUUCGACAGCAACACACAGGGUCAAUGUGGCACGUGCAACAACAACCAGGCAGAUGACUGCAUGCUUCCCGGAGGCCAGAUUGUGCACAGCUGCAGUGUAAUGGCUGACUUUUGGCCAGCUAAAGAUAUUUACCAACCAAACUGCCAGAUGCCAUCGGUGAUUCCGACAGAUGAACCUUUGCCCCCACCCACACUUACACCAUGCAAGCCCGAUUCUGAUUGUAAUCUGAUCUUGAGCAGUGUGUUUGAAGAAUGCCACCCCUCCGUCAACCCUGACAAAUAUUAUCAAGGAUGUGUUUUUGACAGCUGCCAUGUCUCUAACCCAGCAGUUGAAUGCACAAGUUUGCACACGUACGCCGAUGCCUGUGCUCAGGCUGGAGUUUGUAUACACUGGAGGAAUCAUACGACACAUUGUGAGAGUGAUUGCCCACCUGACAAAGUCUACAAACCAUGUGGUCCUGCAGAACAGCCAACCUGUGAAGACAGUCCAUUUACGCAACGGCUGAACUACAUUACUGAAGGCUGCUUCUGUCCUGAUGGAAUGAAGCUCUUCAACAAAGAGUCUGGCAUAUGUGUUGAUAAGUGCGGAUGUCUUGAUCCUGAGGGUAUUCCUCGUGAGUUCAAUGAAAGGUUCGAGUACAAGUGCCAAAACUGCAUCUGCGAGGAGACCACCAAGACCAUAACAUGCCAACCUAAAGUGUGCCCAACAAAACCUGUAGCAAACUGCACCGGUCCAGGCUUCAUUCUUGUCAACCAGACCAACCCGGCAGACCCGUGCUGCUUUGCCUUAGUUUGCCGUUGUCAAAGUAACAUGUGCCCACCUAUCGACAUGGAGUGUCCAAUUGGUUAUACCGUCGUUGUCAAUGUGCCACAAGGGAAAUGUUGUCCAGAACACACAUGUGAACCGAAACGAGUUUGUGUCCACAAAAAUGCAGAGUAUGAGCCUGGUGAGUUGGUUCCUGUGGCUCCAUGUCAGGAGUGUACCUGUACAAAUAUUGUGGACCCAAAUAAUGGUUUAUUACAAAUAAAUUGCGAGGUUCAGCAAUGUCAAGAAAUAUGUGAACAGGGUUAUAGAUAUACAGAACCCAGGACAAAUGAGUGUUGUGGAAGAUGUACACAGACACACUGCAUCUUCAAUGUUAGUGGUACUGAGCAGUUGCUGAGGCAAGGUGAUUCGUGGUCUCCACCGGAUGAUAAGUGUGAAAGUUACACAUGUGUGAGCAACGGUGAUACUUUUACAGCCAUCAGCACACGGAUUGUGUGUCCGCCAUUUCAGCCAAGCAACUGCCAACCUGGCACCAUUCAAACUUCAGCUAAUGGAUGUUGUCAAACUUGUGUGGAGCAGGAGAAGGCUUGCAAGCCCGUGCCUAACAAAGUGUACAUCACGCAUAAGAGCUGCCAAUCAUUCGAAGCGUUAGAUAUUCCAUAUUGUGAAGGAUCUUGUAACACUUAUACAAAAUACUCAGAGGAGACGUCCACCCUGCAGCCUACCUGCAACUGUUGUAAGGGGGUCAGAUCUAGCAACCGCACAGUCAAUUUACUUUGCCUGAAUGGUGACAUUGUUCCGUAUUCCUAUAUUCACGUUGACGAGUGUAAAUGCACCCUCAGCGACUGCGCCAGAACUGCAGCAUCUCCCGUUCGGCGGAGACGAAGCUUUACUCUCUUGUAA